AUGCAUAACAAUGCUGGCAAGUUCAUGGACCUGUACGUGAAUCAGAAAUGCUCCACCAGCAACCACAUUAUCAGUGUCAAGGACCACAGGUCCGUCCAGAUGAACAUAGCCAAGGUUGACAAGGUGACAAGUAAGCUCAAUGGUCCUCAGUUUGAAAACUUUGCUAUCUGUGGGGCCAUUUGUAGGAUGGGUGAGUCAGACGACUCCAUCCUUUGCCUGGCCACAAUCCACUGCAUCAUUUCAAAGAACUUCUGA